AUGGCGGCGGUGGCGAAGGGGGUGAACGGCCACCGCCGCCGCCGCUGUGGGAACGUGGAAGGCAAGAUGCAGAUGGUGCUGGCGAGGCCCGAAGAAACGAUACUCGGAGUGGUGGGAGACAUGGGAAAGGGCCUGUGUGUGUUGAAAAGAGUGAUGCUACGGUUUUGUCUCUCACGGCUCGUCUCUCGCCAGGAGGGUCCCCAGUCUCUGCUGCACGAUACAAGUCACCUAAUGGACUAUCAACUGGAAUGGGAACUAGGAAACCUCACAGUCAUCCCCAUGGACCUUCACCGGCUCUCGGAAGACUGCCGAGGCCGACGGACACCCACCGGCCGGGUGUUGGAGUUGGACGACCCGAAUAUGGCAGAGCCAUGGGCAAGCAGCCAACUCUGCGGUCUGAACAGCCUCCGCCAAAGCGACAUAAUGUCGAAGGCGCGUUUAGUGGAGGGAGGUCGUGGUCUGGGCCAGGGACUCCAAUCUGUCUGCACACGCACCAUCACCACUACUGGCUUCGGACGCAAUCAGCCUCGCCACCGCAUCGUCGCCCGUCCCUUCGACGCGACGCUCGACGGGUGGCACGAAGCUCCUCCGAGUCGGCGGGUUCUGAUGCCCAGAGUACUCUCACAGUCAACAUCGCCCCUAUCGUCGACCGGGAUGCCCAAGAUCACUUAUUCAAACCGGCUGGCUUCCCCAGGCGAGAUGCAACUGAGCGUCUGGCCGAAUCCCAACAGCGCGGGUCUGCAGACGGGGUCAUCGAUGUCAGUCCGAAAGGGGAUGGGAGUCAUCCCGCUGGGGGGAAAUCCUAUCCCCCAUCCGCUUCGCGAACCAGGAGUAGACAGCGAUACUACGUUACUGUCAACCGACCGAGGGAGAACAGCCCCCGUCCAGGGGGAGACACACUCGGUAAAGCAGAGUCAACCCGCGGCGGAAACCGAAAACCGGUCACCGCAGCCGGAGCCACCGGACUGGGCGAUGCGCAAAACAAUGCGCAAGUCCCUAGGCAACCCCGGUCCCCAAGACGAAGUCGACACCCGCAGGUCGUUACCCACGUCCACACGCACGUCCACGUCCCUCACAGCCCAGUCUCCAUCUCCAGGGACAAUAGCAUCGCAAAACCAAGCCGCAGACGAGACAAUCGCCCGUGGCGCAGCGCGGACAGCCUUUGCGCAUCACCGGGGAGGUUCGGGAUGGGUGCGGACACGGAUGCCGGUAUCGGCGCCGGACCCCGGCUCCCACCAGCCCCACCGGACACGGGUACAGGCGGCGGGAACGAGAGCCAAGGCCGCGGCCAAGCCCGGGGCGGGAGCGGAGACCGGGUCGGGGCAGGGGAAGGGUCAAGGGAGCCAAGACAAGGGGAAGGAGGAAAAGAACGAAAAGGAAAAAGGGGAAAACGAGCAGGAGGCGAAGGAGAAAGCGAAGAAGAAGGAGAAGGAGAAGGAAAAGGAGAAGGGAAAGACAACUAAAGCAGAUAUGAACAACGUUGAGGUCAGUCGCUGGGCGCGGAGUGCCAUGGUGAUGUUGGCAAAAGUAGUGGAAGCGUACUGGCACGUGGUGAGUCCCGUGUUUGACGGGGACUCUCAGCUCAGGAAACGGAUUGAUAAAGCCCAGGCGACUCGGGGAGACGCGGUGGUGUGCGUGCUCGCCGUGGUGUUUUUAUUUUUGGCGGCGUCCGGCGGGGUAUGGGCCGUCAGGGGUAUUAUUUGGGUUGUGAGGUUGUUGGGCAGGCUUGGAGAGGUGCUCCGAGUGGUGGCAGGGUUGCAUGACUGA